AUGCCCAAAAAAUUUCUCUUCAAACGGAAUCCAGAUAUACCUCCUGUGCCUCCGAAAAGAACAACAAGUUUGAUGCCAGAUGUUGCUAAUCCAGAAACAUCUCCCACCAAAAAUGGCUGUUCGCAGGAAGAAUCUGAUCAAUCUGUAACAGCCUCCUCAGCAAAGCAAUCAGCACGUCAUUUAUUAGAAACAAAUUCCGAUACAUCAGAAGAGGAAGAAAGUAAAGAAGAGGCCACUCCACCUCCUCUACCUCCCAAAAGGCCACCAGAACAUCUUGACAAUGGUUUUGAUAGCCAUUAUUCUGAAAACACACAAUCAGUUUCUAAUGAUCAAGAAGGGUAUGAGCUGCGUCGCAGGAAACGUGAAGAGCGUAAAAAAGAAACCCUGAAGAAGAUAGAGAUGAUGAAACAGAAACAAAGAGAAUGUGAAAUAAUGCAACAUCGUAACACUUACAUGACUCCAAUGUACAUAGGUCUUGCUUUGGCAAUUGGUGGAGGACUCCUUCUCUAUCGCUACUACAACAGUGGAGCCUAG